GAGACACCGUUCUGCCUCAGAGUUGGACACAUUCUCCACUACUUCAUGUCAGAUUCCAACACAACCAACUUCACCAACCUCUCCACCUUCAUCCUGCUGGGCAUUCCUGGCCUGGAGGCAUCCCAUGUCUGGAUCUCCAUCCCCUUCUGUGCAAUGUACACCAUAGCCAUCUUCGGGAACUUCACUAUUCUCUUCAUUGUGAAGAGGGAGCCGAGCCUCCAUGAGCCCAUGUACUAUUUCCUCUGCAUGGUGGCCAUCACCGACCUGGUCCUGUCCACGUCCACCGUGCCCAAAAUGCUGAGCAUCUUCUGGUUCAAUUCCAGGGAGAUCGAUUUCAGUGCCUGCCUCACCCAGAUGUACUUCCUUCACUGCUUCUUAGUAACGGAGUCUGGGAUCUUUGUAGCCAUGGCUUUUGAUCGCUAUGUGGCCAUCUGUGAUCCCCUGAGACAUUCCAUCAUACUGACAAACCCCAUGGUGGCCAAGAUUGGCCUGGCUGUGGUGCUGCGUGGCAGCAUUCUUGUGCUCCCCUAUAUUCUACUUGCGAGGCGGUGGCCAUAUUGCAGAACCAACAUCAUACCCCACUUGUACUGCGAGCACAUGGCCGUGGUGAAGCUGGCCUGUGCUGAAAUCCAUGUCAGUAAUUACUACAGCCUCUCUGUGGUAUUCUGUGUAUUCGGUCUGGACCUAUUUUUUAUUACUGUGUCCUAUACCCAGAUCCUCAGGGCCAUCUUCAGCCUCCCCACAAAGGAUGCCCGUCUCAAGACUUUUGGAACCUGUGGCUCCCACAUUUGUGCCAUCUUAACCUUCUACAUCCCAUGUCUCUUCUCCGCCCUCACGUACCGGUUUGGCAAGAAUAUGGCCCUGCAUUUCCACGUUCUCAUUGCCAGCAUUUACCUUCUGAUGCCCCCCAUGCUAAACCCCAUCAUCUACGGGGUGAGGACCAAACAGAUUUGGGACAGACUGCUCCGGCUCUUUACUCAUAAAGGGACCUAA